AUGACGACACAAUCAUCAUCAUCAUCAUCAUCAUUGCCCUCGUCACUAUCAUCAACACCACCACUAUUAGCAUCAAAUGCAAGAUGCAAAGUUUUAAGGACAGGAGCAUCAUCUAAAGGAAAAGGAAAAGGGAUCAAAUAUCCGGUCGAUCGGAUAAGCAUGCUUCCGGAUGAAAUGUUACAAAAGAUCCUUUCGACACUAUCAACUAAAGAUGCCGUGAUAACAAGCACCUUGUCGAAAAGAUGGGUGGAUCAGUGGAAGCGCAUACCACAUCUCUGCGUGGACAUGAGAAAUAUUAUGAGAACAAACCCGACCAGCUAUGUUCAUGAAUUAUCUUUCCGCUUUGCUGAAUCAAUGACGAAGACUUUAAACAAUCAUCGUGGUCAUCUAGAGAGCUGCACAAUCAGCCAUAUUCAGUUCAUUUUUUUGUUCAUCGAUAGGUGGAUCCAAACAGUGACUCGUGAGAAACAAACCAAGGAGAUUACUCUUGUCAACAAUAUAGGUUGCAUGACACCUUUUGUUAGAUAUAAUAGUCUUCACUUGUCCCCAAGUGCAUUCUGUCAUCCUAGCCUCACUUCACUCUCACUUACUCGAUAUAAGUUACUCGAGAAAGCCUUCAAGAACUGCUGCAAUCUUAAGAUCCUGAAGCUUUAUGACAUCAUGUCCGAUGUUAGUGUCCUUAGCAACGUUAUCAAAGCUUGCUCCUCUCUUGAGGUGCUUGUGUUGCAAAUCACAUUCUUAAACCAAGCAAGUGCGUUGAAGAUCGAAAACAAGAAAUUAGAAUUCUUGCAAGUGACUUGGCCUUGUCUGAUGAAUAGGAUGGAAGUGAAUACACCUCGUUUGGUGAUUUUUGACAUCAAAUCUAUCUACUGUUUUGGCUACUCAGUUGAAGCCCCUAAAUUAAGCAUGUUUAAAAGAGAUUAUUGGGUUGGUGGGAUGAGUUACCCUCAUCUUAGCUACCAUAUAUCAAGUCUCGCUCAGGAGAAAAUAAGAAUUUGGCUUGAGCUUAUGGUGAGCCAAAUUUAUCAUAUGAAACGGACUGGAUCCUUAUCCGUGAGUGUCGAUGUGAGAAAUCCGAACGAAGUCGAGAUUUUGAAGGAAGUCUUACUUUUGUGGGAUGGAGAGAUGAUGGAUCUGGAGAUCCUCUUCAAGAACAACAAUGCUCCUAUAGAAGAAGGUGAAUCUUUUAUUACUGGUGGAGCACGUAACAAAUGGUGGGAUGGUGAAAAACCGUUUCCAGAUGAUUUCUUCCGCGUUUGUACUGUGUGGAUGUAUAAUUUCGAUGGUUCUAAUGAAGAGGAAUUUGCAUUAGCGUCACGUUUUGUGACACAAGGAACAGUGACUGAAAAGUUGAUGAUAAAGACAUCGACGUAUCCUCCAGUGAAGCAAUUAAUGACAGAAGCAAAAGUGGCCAAGCUAAUGGAACUUCCUAAAGGUUACGAGUAUUUGGACAUUGAAUGCUUUUGA